CCUUGGUCUGAUUCUGCACAUAAGCGACAAUGGACUUCAGCCAACAACAGGCCUUGCUGAAGGAACGCCAGAGGAAGUUUCAGGAGUGUCUGGGUGCAGAGAUGGAACAUUCCAGCUUGUACGGUUUCCGACUCCCUUCCCGUCUUCCACUGUGCAGCACCACAUCUAUGGAUGUGAAUGUGUCAGACCUGGAGGACCUGUCUCUGGACGACAUGUCCAACCCUGGCAGCCUCGGAGCACCGGAUGACCUUGAAUAUGACUUUGACGAUGCAGAUGUUUUUGACGUUGUUGAUUUUGAAGAGCCAGACAUGGAGAAGGGGGGAAGAGACAGCUCUGAUGGCCUGGCAGCUUGUUGUCAACAAACUGACAGGCAGAUUCCUAGAUCGGGAUCAGCCCUGAAGGACACAGCCUUGAACAUGGCCAGACUGCCAGCUCCAGUCACGGACAGCAGCUGCUCACACCGACCAGCCUCUCUCACACAGCCACGGACCUCAUCUCACCAAUCAACGAACAUCUCUCAACAGCUGGAUCUGACACAAGACACCUGCUGCCCACCCGGCCAAUGCGAAGGAGCGAUUCAAACUGAGGGUGUUACGAGUAACCAAUCAGCAAGAGCCUGCCAGCAGGGAUGCAAUUAUCGAACCCAGCUGGAUAACAGAGAGACACCUUUACAAAACCCUGUUACAGAAGUGAGCACCAACAACAAGGUUCUAGAAAAAGAAACACUUGUGUAAGAGAUCCAAGAUCUUAGAACUGACUCCUCCCUUCACCAAUCAUAUCUGAAAUCAGAAGUAUGGCAAACGUUGGCUGUGAAAGAACAGAUUACAUCAAUCAAUUUCUUGAUAAAAUGUUGCAAUGAGAAUUGUUGCAUGCAACAGAUAAAAAGUCAUUAUUAAUUCAACCAAGGACAAGACAGCAAUGUUGAAACAUCGUAUUUUCGACUCAAAGACCCUUUUUGGAAAUAGAAAUUAAUAGAACAACAAUAUGAAGAAUGAAAUAGAAAUUGAUGUUGAACAGCAGACAGAGAAAUCAGUGAUUUGGUGCACGAGGCUACAGGCAAGAUAGAAUGGUGACAUUUUGUCUGGGUUUGACUGAUAUUGUUGCAUUUUAUUACAUUAAUCUCUUUUAGUCAUUUGCAGCACUGAAAGUAAAUGAAAGCUGGUGCCAUGUUUUGGAUACCUCACUAAAAAUGCAGACUUAGCUGCUCUUCUUGUUAUGUUUUGGGCAUAUGCACAAUUCUCCUAAUGUCUACUGUGAUACUGUUGUACAAAAGUUAAUGAUUUCCUGUACAUUUUUGCACAAUAAUAGCGUGGGAAACAAAGUAUCAACAUUUUUGGUUUAGCCUUUUAUCAUUUUAACGUCAAUACAUAAGCAUAGCAUUGUAGAGUUAGAUAAAUAUAUGUAGCCAACAAUAAACUUAUUAUUUAGGCUGGCAUCACAUUACAUAAUGACCUUGUUUAAAACAAAAGCUAAGGUAUACGUAGUAACAUAGCCUUUUUAGACCGUAGGGUCAGUGGGUUGGAAGGCGGAGCCCAUCGCUCUUGUUCCACUGCCGUUUACCUCCCCAACCGAAGUCAGGUACCCAUUUUUACACCCGACUGGAGUGAAGAAAGUCGCGUGAAGUGCUUUUCCACAGGACACAACAUCUAGCCACGGGAAUCGAACCCGUGACCUCUUGAUUUGGUGUCCGCUCGCCUUGGCCACUCGGCCAUGUACGUCACGUUUUGAACAUAGU